UGGCCAACUACCACUUCGAACUUCCUAGUGUUCAGCUUGCUUCUUUAGUUCUUUUAAAGGAAAACAGUUUCAGUCUUGGCAAAGAAACUGGAGCGGAAACUCAAAGAAGUAUCUACCAGGUUAUAAUCUAAACUUGUAUAUUUAUCUCUAAUGGACCUGGCUUUGGUGUCUCCUUCGUUCCCUUCAAAUGUUGCACGAGUUGUUGAUAAGAUUAGGCCUUCUAGAUCAAUGUUUGCCACCCGAAAGGUGCCUGGUCGAAAAUUGUUUCCUUGUCUGGCAGCUGUUGCUACCCAAACAGCCCAGACCCUGGAGUUUGAUGUAGAGAGCAAAAAACACGAGCUGCUGAGAGCUGUUCAAGACACAAAAAGGGGCCUUGUUACAACUGAUGAUCAACGUUCUUCUAUAGAGGAGGCUCUGGUGACUGUGGAGGGAUAUAGCAAGGGUGCACCUUUAGACUUGGUGAAGUUGGAUGGGACAUGGCGGUUGCAAUAUACUUCUGCUUCUGAUGUUCUCAUUCUUCUGGAAGCAGCUGAAAGGGUAUCUUUUUUUCAGGUUGGGCAAAUAUUUCAAAAAUUUGAAUGCCGAGACCAGUCCAACGGGGGAAUAAUCCGUAAUGUUGUCAGAUGGAGUGUUCCACCAUUGUUAGAGGAAGAAGAUGGUGCUACUCUGCUUGUUUCUGCCAAGUUUUCUGUUGUUUCCACACGUAACAUCUACCUUCAGUUUGAAGAGAUUAGUGUUCAAAAUAUAAAAAUUGGCGAACCGCUGCAGGCUCUUAUAGCUCCAGCAUUACUGCCACGGUCGUUUUUAAGUUUGCAGGUCUUACAGUUCCUCCGUACUUUCAAAGCUAAGAUUCCUGUUAGUGAUCCCGGAACAGGAAGGCAAUCAGUAGGAGGACUCUAUUACCUUUCUUACUUGGAUGGAAAUAUGCUUUUGGGGCGUGCCGUUGGUGGUGGAGGCGUUUUUGUUUUCACUAAAGCUCAACCCCUGGAGUAAGCACACUACCCUUUUCUUCAAUGUGGAAGAAAGCUGGGAAAGACAUAGCAUGGUAGUCUUCAGGUGAAGUUAAACUUAGUUGCCACGGUGCUUACAGGAGUUAUAGCUUAUGUUUAUAUAAUUAUCAUUACAUACCUAGGUUACUUGAUUAGUGAGUGAGACGGCAUUAGGACUAUUUGAAGAUAGAUCGACAAAUACGAAUGAUUACCAGCUUAAGUUCUCAACCCUCGUGCCUCUCUGCUAUAUUGUGUCUUUUCUUUGGUUUAACAAAUAUGACUCUAUUGCCUUCCAUGUAUAGAGAUAGACUGACUGUAUUAAAACAUACUAGUUAUUUCUGGAGAAUUGAAACAUACUAUUUAUUGCACA